AUGGCGGAAGAAACUAAAACGCGCGGAAGAGUUUGGGUGCACAAAGAAACCCUCCUGUUACUUGAAAAGUAGGGAGACGAGAAUAUCCAGCUCCAGCUAAAAUCAUUCAUAAGAAAAAAGCCUAUAUGGCUAGAAAUUGCGGCAUAUCUUCGAGCUGCAGGCUAUGAAGACAGAGACGACGGCAGCUGCAAGACACGAAUUCACACUCUGAUAAGCGCCUAUAGAAGCUACAAGGACGAAUGCGCCAAGACGGGAAAUGCCACACCAAAGAAGAAGCCGGCUUUCUUC